AGUCCAUGUGCUUCAUCCUCCAAUCUCUUCAUCCCCUGCGCACCACACGCUCCCUGUUUUGCAUAAAAUGUGUAUCAGUAGGGCAGCGCUCUCCCCGGCACAUGUAGAGCGCACAUGUAGCGUCGCUUUUCUGAACACACACCACGGUCGAAUAAGCGCAUCAAACUCCCCUCAGCUCCACAUCCCCGCCAAUGAAAAUGCACAAAGGCGUGAAGGGGAGAGAGAGAGGGAGAGAAAGGACUGCGCGAGAUACAAAGACAUCACGCGGGCUUGAGCCGAGGUGCGGUAUCCAGAGCUCAGAAGGCAUCCAGGUAUCUUGAGGGAGACCACUCAUUGUCGCUGACCGGCUGACACCUGCACACCUAUCUACCUACAGCUCACCGAGAGAACAACUUCGCGUGCACCGGACACAUUUCCAUCACUGCAUCCGACUUUUGCGCUCUAUGGAGCAGGUGUCUUGCGCACAACUAUUUUUUGACUUUUUCGUCCGUCUUCAAAAGACUUUUGCUCCAGCCUAGUGACAAUUGCAGACGUCUACCGUCAAGUUUAUUCAACGCAGCAUCAACACCUACAACACCUAGAAAUGGAUCUCAGUCCCGGCGGUGGAGGUGGAGGAGUCAUCCUGUACGCAGGCUCCUCUGGCAGUUCCAGCCCGAGCCCUGGUAGUCCCUCCAGUGGAUACCAGACACAGUCCCCCUCUUCACACUCCCAGCCCUCAUCUCCAGAGGAGGUUACCUUCACAGAGAUUGGGGCGCUAAAGCAGAGGGCAGCUGGGUGCAGCACUCCAUCCACCAAACUGGUGUUCCAGUUCCCCGAGGUCUACAGCGGACCCUCGGCAGCGGCCACGCCGCAGCAUACCUACGGGCACCCCAUCGCAGGAAAGAGGCCAUGCGGCUUCGCUGGCACUUUCACCAAGACAGGUGGAAUGGUCCUUCUUUGCAAAGUCUGUGGUGACAUCGCAUCUGGUUUCCACUAUGGAGUGCACGCAUGUGAGGGUUGCAAGGGCUUUUUCCGCCGCAGCAUCCAGCAAAACAUCAACUACAAGAUGUGCGUGAAGAAUGAGAACUGUCUGAUCAUGCGCAUGAACCGAAACCGGUGCCAGCACUGCCGCUUCAAGAAAUGCCUCUCUGUUGGCAUGUCAAGAGAUGCUGUGCGUUUUGGCCGCAUCCCCAAGAGAGAGAAGCAGCGACUUCUGGAUGAGAUGCAGAGCUACAUGAACAGCCUGAACGAGUCGGCAGCCAUGGAAAUGGACUCGCUGUCGGCGAGGGAGAAUCCCACCAGCCCGGAUGAAGGCAACUCAAAAGAGGCCAUCGGAGCCAUUUCCAGAGCCUAUCGGGACAUCUUCGACGGCAGCAGCGGCAACCAGGAGAGAGCAGCCAAGAGGGCCAACGUCAGCACCAACAACAACAUAUCUCACUUUUCUCAGGACGCCAGCUUUCAUCAAGCCUCACCUCACUCCACCUCCGCCCGGAGUUACCAGUCUUGCCCGGUUGCUCCAGCCACCCUGUGCCCCGUUGCCCCCAAUGACAACCAACCUACGUUUCAUAACAUGGACAAUAAUCGCUAUUCCUAUGUAAUGUCGACAAAUCAGAAUCAGAACCAGUCUAAUGCCUCAACACCUCAGCAGGGCAGCUCUGCCAGUCAUAACAGUUUUCACAACAGGGGAAGUGUCCAGAAUCAGUCCUCCUGCCCGUGGAAAUUAGCUCCAGGAGCUAAAGUGCUGGCCUGUCCUCUCAACUCCUGUCCCGUAUCAGGGGCGGACCGCUCAAGUCAGGAAAUAUGGGAGUCCUUCUCUCAGUGUUUCACCCCCGCCGUCAAGGAGGUGGUCGAGUUUGCCAAGGGCAUCCCAGGAUUUCAGGAGCUCAGCCAGCAAGACCAGGUCAUGCUGCUGAAAUCUGGCACCUUCCAGGUUCUGAUGGUGAGGUUCUGCACCCUGUUCAAUGCUGAGGAGCGUACAGUGACCUUCUUAAAUGGCCAAACUUACCCGCUGUCCACCCUGCGGGCCUUGGGCAUGGGCUCUCUUCUGGAUGCAAUGUUUGAAUUCAGCGAGAAGUUGAGCUCCUUGGGGCUAGAGCCCGAUGAAAUGGCACUUUUCAUGGCUGUGGUGCUGGUCUCUGCAGACCGGUCUGGAAUCUCAGAUAUGCGGGCCGUGGAGCAGCUACAGGAGGGCCUGAUCCGCGCACUUCGGUCACUGAUCACGCGCCGUCGCCCAGAUGACAGCGCCCUCUUCUCCAAACUCCUCCUGCGUCUGCCAGACCUCCGCACGCUCAACAACCUGCACUCCGACAAACUCUUGGCCUUUCGCAUCGACCCUUAAGCGGGGCCACUCGUUCUCAGAGCACAGACUAUUUUACACAGAAAUUUACCCAACACAGACACAUUCACAGAUAUUAUCUUCCAAGGGCAGGACUUCCUUCAACGUUGAGGAACAAAGAAUUGCGCGGUCUGUUUUUGCAAAGGAAAAAUGAGGGCAGUGAACAUAUUUUUGACUCACUAUUGAUCUUCAUGCAAUGUUUAAAAAAAAAAAAAAAAAAAAAAAAACAUGUACAAACUCAUGUACACAUGUAAACCUCAAUACCUCUUGAGAGACAUUGUUCCUGUAAAAAAAAAAUAAGUUAAUAUUACCAUCUUUGGAAACUCAUUUUCUGAUUAUAUUCAGUAUACUUAAGAAUAAAAGCCAGUCCACUUCUGUUUAUUCCAUAAGUUGUAACGUAUCAGCAGACCAUCUCUUCGCCGCAGCCGGAAGAUGGACAUUAUAGAUCGAAACAGUUGUUUCUUAGGGACCAUUGAUCGUGAUCGACUGUAUGUCAGCUUGUGUUAAAGAGAAAGGGAACCUGUAUAUACAUAUAUAUAAUGCAUAGCAAAACCUGAAAUGUUAAGGCAAUCGUGUAUCACCGUUUCACACACACAUACCAUCUGCAUUUGUGCUGGAAUGAGACCACUAUUUUAAUGUGUCACUGUCUCCAGGUAAUUUUUGACUAAUCUUCCAGAAAACAUUUUGGCACUCCUUGGGCUUAAAUAUGCCAACCUCAUAAGUAAUUUUAUAUUAUUAUUAUUUCACAUAUGCAUCAUGUCUGUGACACUGUAUCGUAUCACAUCUGGACUAAUGGAGAUGCUCCAUGCACAUUGGGAUUCUUAUCUGUUAUUUUUGUUGCUGUAAAUAUUAUGUUACCCCAAUGCCUAUGUAUCAAUUACUGAACUGAUAUGAUGGAUCCGACGUGUAUUUGUUUGGUGUGAAGGAGAAUGUAUUGACCUUCCUGUUCUAGGUGGGGGUUUUGGCUAUGCCAAGGGGGCUUUGCACAGGAGAAAGUGUAGUAGGGAUUUCUCAGAUGGUUUUGACACACUUCCUGCUAUUAGAAGAUGUAACCGACCAGCAUAAUCCCUGAAAUCACCAGCACUCACUCCAAUGCACCCUUCCUCUGCCCCCGAUGUUUGUCAUACAAACACAAGAGAUAUUUUUGGGUGAGAGAUCUAAUUUGAUUGGUCUUCUCACUGUUUGCUUGUUUGAUUAAGGCUGAUUGAGCACAUCUUGUACAUUUUGUAAAUGUUUCUUCCUAAAUAGAAAUGAUACUAUGAUAUAAAGUACAAAUUAUGUAUUCUUCUG